UUUUUUUUUUUUUGGGACAAAAAAAAAAAAAAAAGUUAUGGUGGAUUAUUAUUUUGUCUAUGCUUUAUAUCCCCUACUGAAAGGCAUGCGCCGUUUAUGAGCUUUAACACAUGCUUUAUUUGAGCAGUAAACUUCCUGAAGUGAUCACUGUGAGAGUUCGAAGGGGUUUUAUUACGCCAUCGGAUAGACAAUAUCUGUAUUUUUUCAACUUCAGUCAAAAUAUUAAAAUAUCCCGAGCUGGAGCAUCUUAGCAGAAUCUUAACAUCUGUGCACAGCUUGAAAUUAGGGUUUAAUUACUCUAUAAAUUACACGAAAUUGUGCAUACGCUCGUGCAAUGAAGUCAAGAAUAUGUUGAGCUGUUUAGAAGAUUAUUUCAUUCAUUAGCAAUCUGUGCAGAGGCUCUAAAAUCUGUGGCUCCUGCUGAAGGACCUUGGCUUAAACACGGACGCUGACCUGUGAGCUAGGAAAACAUUUCUGAAAGACUGGUCCAGACGAUCCACAUUUCACACAAAAAUAAAAAGCAUAUAUAUAAAGUUACAAAUAAAUACAACUCGAGAAUUAGAAGCAGUUUGUAAAUUGUGCCAAAAUGGAAAAUCGCUGCCAUUGAGCGCUUCAAAAGCUGUGCCGUUUUGUUGUUUUUGGAUAAUCAUUGAGCUGACUCGUGGAAAGAAUAUUCAGUGAUAGUGAGGAUCUAUAUAUAACAAGCUGUUCAGAAGUGUGUGCCAACUGGGUCAGUACCUCCUCCUGUGUGUCUCCGUGGCUUCCAGGCCAUUCCUGGCACAUUUUUUGGGCUCUGUAGGCCUCUCGCUCGGCUUUUUAGGCCAACAGUAGGCUGAUUUAGUGCUAAACGCUUGCGGAUGAAAUAAUAAAUCUGAUGUAUGUUUUGUGUUCUGUGGCCCCCCGUUGCUGUUUGUUUCCAUUUUUCAUUUCCUAUCUGCCCGGUUGCUUUAAAAUAUUCGAGAUGAUUUUCAUUCCAGCUGCUGGUUUCCUCCGGCCGACGCAGUGUGAGAGCAGCUGAGUGUCUGGUCGGCCACUGCACAAACUCCCCCCGCCGGUGCGCGUUCAUUUGUAUCAUUUCACACGCAAAAAUCUGGAAUUCUUCAAAUGUCCUCUGUUGUAGCCGGUGUGUGUCUCAGGGAUACAGGGAAAACCUGCAGAGCGCGCACUGUGGCUUACUACACACACACACACACAUAUAUAGAGGCAUACAGAGGCACCCUGGCUGAAAUGAAUCCCAACACGGGAAUCAACAAAUCAUAAAUCAGCAGAUUUCCAUCCAGUGUGGACGUCACAGAUCAGGUUUAACAUUCCUCCUAUGCAGCUGGAGGCUGCAGGGAGAAAGAGAGACGGAGGAGGCGACAGAAAAAGAAAGAAAGAAAGAAAGAAAGAAAGAAAGAAAGACAGAAAGAAAGACAGAAAGAAAGAAAGAAAGAAAGAAAGAAAGAAAGAAAGAAAGAGGCCUCUUUCUUGGCUGACUUAAAAUGCACAAAGUUGGUCUGGGAUAUUUUUGUGGUGGAAGCGGAUGUAGAUUCACUGUGGCUGUGCAGACUGAACGCCAUACAACACAAACUGCAAAAAGAAAAAUAAUAAUUAUAAUUUGGUGUGAAGCUUCCUACCAAAAUGGCUGCAUGUGUGCUCAUUUUUACACCAUUAUUGUUGUUCUCGGUGCUGUUAUCUGCAGUAUAUGCGCAGGUCUGAGUUGCUUUGACGCCUCUGUCUGUUUUUUAAGGGGUUGUGUUGUGGUUUAAAGUAGCCGGCUACUAAUUUCCAGCCUUUAGAAAAGGCCAGUUAACAGGCCUGAGUUAUGACACACACAUACACACAAACACACCUACAUUCACACAGGGGCAGGGAUAUGUUUUAACAGCUCACUUUUCUUUUUUUUUUCUUUUUUGAGAGGGGGGGGAGUCUACUUUCUCCCUCUCACUUUGUGAGCAGUGCAAUAAAUUAUGUCUGCAGUAGGUGGCGCUCUGAGCCCACCCCCGGCACCUCGAACCGAACACAGGGUGUGUGUGUGAGAGAGGGAGAGAGACCAAGGGAGAGACGGAGAGAGGGAGAGAGAGAGCUGCCCCCGCCCAACCCAUUAUCAUUAGAAACCUCAGAGCAUGAAUUACCUCUCCAAAGUCAUCGGCGAGAAUUUACGACUGGUCAACAAAAGCACGUGACCGCACCCCCUCCUUCUCCCUGUCUCUCUCUCUCUCCUCCCUCACCUCACCCCUCACCUCCCCCAUCGCACACACACUCCAUCCAAAACGCACACACACACACACACACGCCACCCCACCCCCAUAUUUGGACGGCGCAUACAUAGCUAAAAACGAAGUACAGUGCAACGCCAUAAUUCACUAAUACAUCAUAAAUCGUUGAAAGUACCCGCGUUAUAACGACCAAGAGAAAUCUAACAAAUCAAGCGCCCCUUAGUACUCAACUGUAAGCUUGCAACUCUCUAAAACAACCUAAAUGAGCUCUUACUUUGUAAACUCGUUCUCGGGGCGCUACCCAAAUGGCCCCGACUAUCAACUGCUAAAUUAUGGAGCCAGCAGCGGCGCAAUGAACGGCGGGGCGUACAGGGACUCUUCCUCCGCCACCAUGCACCAUGCGACGGGCUCUUACGGCUACAGCUACAAUGGCAUGGAUCUGACCGUCUCCAACCGGGGAGGGGGGAGCGGCAGCGGCGCCAACACCGGAGGACACUUCGGGGACGGCUCGGUGGUCGGGGACUCCCGGGGUUUCGGCUCCCCGGCACAGGAGCGGGGGUUCAGACAGCCGUCCAGCUGCUCCCUCGCCUCCGCGGAAGACUCUCUCCUGUCACACGGUAGCGAGAGCACCAAGCUGGGCGCGCAGAGCUCGUCUCCCCGCUCGGAGCAACCAGGAAGCGGUAAUCUCAGCUCUCCAAACCUGUCCGCCGCCUCCUCCGGCGGUGGCGGCGGCACGGCUCAACGCUUCAAGGAACUGGACGACGCGUCGCCAGAGACCGAGGAGCUGCAGCACAACCGGGACGUCCGUCACGGCGGCAACCCGCCACCCAGGACCGGGCACCCGCAGCCCGUGCAGAAGCAGGAAGGCGGCCCGGCGGGAUCAGCCGCCGGCAGCACGGGCAGCGAGGCUCCACAGAUAUUCCCCUGGAUGAGAAAGCUGCACAUUAGCCAUGAUAUGACGGGCCCCGACGGCAAACGAGCGCGCACGGCGUACACCCGCUACCAGACCCUCGAGCUGGAGAAGGAGUUCCACUUCAACCGGUACCUCACGAGGCGGCGGAGGAUCGAGAUCGCGCACACGCUCUGCCUCACGGAGCGUCAGAUCAAAAUCUGGUUCCAGAACCGGAGGAUGAAGUGGAAGAAGGACAACAAACUGAAAAGCAUGAGCCUUGCCACCCCCGGCAGCGCCUUCCAGCCUUAGAAAUUGUGCCAUUGAGGGGAAGAAAAAAAAUAAAAAGUAAAAUAAAAACAAGAAGAAUAAAACCAUCCAUCUCGUUGGAAAGGUUACUACCAUGUACAGGCUUCUCAGGAGGGAACCGAGCAACAAACGGGAGGGAAAUUUUAAGAAAACAUGAAGAAAAAACUAAAAGAGGCCAACAGAAAAACGGAGGGACGGACGAAGACAGUGAUGAAGAAAACACGCAAACAUAUUCCAAAUCUAGAUUUUAAAAAAAAAUAUUCACACUAUCAACUGAGAACUGUACGGCAGCGCAGCACUUUUUAUUUGUUCGGCAUGUUGGUCUGUUGGUGUUUUAGGGCAAAAAAAAAAAAAAAAAAAAUGACUGUGGUACUUGCUCUUGUUGUAAAAACAAAAAAAGAACUUAUCGUUACUGUAUGUUGUCGUCGUUAAAAAAAAUGGCUGACCGGAGGAGAGGAGUCAAGGAAGAAUAUGCUACCUACUUUCUACCGUACAACCUUGCUACCUAGGCUACCUAUUGUUUAUUGACUAAAUAUCGUUUUGUGUCAAGUGCGAUGUUUUGUAAUUGACCAAGUGCUUUCUAGAAAAGUUAGCAUGUGAGCUCUUAUUGUAAGUUAUUUACAUGAUCCAGUAACGCCUAUAUCCUCCUAGUUUAACCCCCUUCCGCCCCCUUGACCACCCCACUCGUUACUCAACAUUAAAAAUCUGCCCCUAUUUUUUAUUGAAGAAGCAAGGUGUAUGCGUGUGAGUGCGUGCGAGUGUGUGCGUGUGUGUCCGUAUCCAUCAUAAUGUUGUGUAUAGCUAUAAAACAAAAAAAACAAAAAAAUACAUAAAACAAAAAAACGUAACUGUAUUAUAUUGUUAUUAUGUCUAUUGUAAUUAUUGGAUCUAUGUUUCAGAAAUGGUGUAUAUAAAUAUAUAUUGACAUUUUUAAAUGUGA